CGGAAUGCACCCCACCACAACUCCUUGUAGUAAGCACUUUAUGUCUCUCUCUCUCUCUCUCUGAGAAAGAGCGUCGUUGCCAUGGCACCGCCUGUCUGAGUCAGUCCAGCGGUUAAAACACGGUCACUCUCUUGGCUUUCGUGUGGGAUGUUCAGUCAGCAUGUUGUUGCGCGCCGGCUGAACGCAGCGCUGGUUCUCGUGCGGACAACUCCGCUCCGCUCUGUCCCGGGAUGAGACUUCCACAUCAGCCGUGAAUCGAGGACCACAGUGGAAGCACGCGGGAACACGUUUGCACACCUGCGGACAAUAGAUGGAGGGACUUGCGCCGCAGUCGCCGUCGUCGCCGCACUCGAUCGAUUACUCCACCUCCGCUCGUGGUCCACGGGGGAGCGCGCGUGUAAACUGAUGUAACCCUGGGGGUGUGAAUACCUCUUCGGGAUUAGAAGGGAAUUGGGUGAACGACAAUGCCCCGCGGCUCGGUCCGGCACUCCCGGCUAUUGUUCGUACGGCUGCGGACGCAAGGUGCCCGGUCUCCCCCGGUUCAUCUCCAGUAGCUGUACAUCCUCCUGUGCCCCCCACGCGGAUUCGCUCUGGUCGUCCCCGUCCCCCCGGUGUGGAUAGGAUAAUAUGACUUCCUGGUUCCGCACAUACGGCAGCGUCCCUCUGUGUCUCCUGCUCUGCUGCGUGCUGGUUGCUGUCGGCACCGAAUCCUCCAACGCCGGUGACAGCUCGUGUUGGUCUCCUAGUGUCACUUCUUGCGCAGAGUGCCUCGGACGUGGACCACAGUGUGCCUGGUGCUUCAAAGAGGACUUUCUGGAUGGGGCGGUGCCGAGCCAGCGCUGUGACCUGCCAGCGAAGCUGUUUAGAAGAGGCUGUGAACAGGAGUUCAUGGAGCAGUCAGAGAUCAAGGUGGAGGUCGACGCCACGGUCAGCAGCACACAAGUGUCCCCACAAGACAUCAGCAUCACCCUCAGACCAGGUUCAGAGGCCAGCGUCGUAGUGGCUGUGAAGCAGCUUGAGUGUUAUCCAGUGGAUCUGUACUACCUGGUAGAUGUAUCGGCAUCUAUGCAGGAAAACCUCAAUCAUUUGAAGACGGUGGGUGUGGCGCUGUCUCUUCGUAUGACGGAGCACUCCUCGGACCUUUGGCUGGGUUUCGGCUCAUUUGUGGACAAACCUGUUUCCCCUUACAUCAAUGUCCACCCCUCUAAGAUUAACAACCCCUGCAGUGAUUAUGAGAUCCGCUGUCGUCCAGCCCACGGCUUCCACCACGUCCUGGGUAUGACCGGUAAUAUGAGCGAGUUCACGCGUGUGAUCAAGCGCCAACGCAUCUCCGGAAACAUGGACACACCUGAGGGAGGACUGGAUGCUAUGCUGCAAGCUGCUGUCUGCCAGAGAUCGGUGGGUUGGCGACCAGAAGCCAAGCGCCUGCUGCUCCUGAUGACCGACCAGCCGUCUCACCUCGCCCUGGACAGCCGGCUGGCAGGGAUUGUGACGCCGCAUGAUGGCUUGUGUCACCUGGAAAACAACGUCUACACAGGAAGCACUAGGAUGGACCACCCCAGUGUGGGUCAGUUGUCCGAUAAGCUGCUUGAAAACCAUAUGUACACCAUCUUCGCUGUGGAGAAGCAGCAGUACCAGUGGUACAAGGAGUUGGUAUCUUUCCUACCUGGCUCCUACCUGGGAAAGUUAGGCCUCUUCCAGGCCUCACACCUUAUAGAGCUGGUUGUGGACGCAUACAAGAGGUUGUUGUCGGAGGUGGCCGUAUCGGUGUCAGUGGAGGACAAGGCAGUCAGCAGGUACUGGGUGUCUGUGUCUCCUCUCUGUCCCAAUGGAUCCACCGCAAAGGACCAGAGUUGCUCGGGGGUGCAGCCUGGCCAGACGGUUUACUUCAACAUCACUAUCGGAAUGCGCUCUUGUCCUGAGGAUGCUGAAGAUGAAGAUGUAACGGUUCUGGUUCGACCAGUGGGAUAUAACGAAUCCACUGUCAUUAAGAUCCACCCAAAAUGCAGUUGCAGUUGUGGACCAACGAGGAACUGCAAUGACGCCAGCCAAUGCAGAGGGAGCUCCUAUCAGGAGCAGAGGCCGGAUCACGGACUAAUUAAGGACUCAGACAGAGAUUCAAACUGGAGCUGCAGAGCGGAUGGGUCUGACGGGGACUGCGGCGGUCGGGGAGUCUGCACUUGUGGGCGGUGUCUGUGUGAGCAGACCAGGCUCGGCACAGUAUAUGGGAAAUACUGCGAGAUAGACGACUUCUCCUGCCCGUACGAAGGGGGACUGCUGUGUGCAGGGCGUGGUGUGUGUGUGUCAGGUGAGUGUGUGUGUGAGGACGACUGGACUGGUGAUAGCUGUGGUUGUCCUGUCUCCAAGGCAACCUGCCAAUCAGCCAACGGCUUGCUGUGCAGCGGGCGGGGCAGAUGUAUGUGUGGCGAGUGUGUGUGCGACGACCCCUGGCGCUCCGGAGACUUCUGUGAGAGAUGUCCCGGUUGCCAAAGCACCUGCCAAUCAUCCUGGAAGUGUGUGGACUGCCACUUGUCUCACGGCCUCACACAAAAAGAGGCUGGACAAUGCAACAACACCUGUGCACCCCUGGUGGGCUACAUGGAUGUUGUGUCAGGCCAAGCAGGGGAGAUGUGGAUUCAGUGUAUGUACAUCAGUAAUGACAGCUGUCGCUAUCGGUUUCAAACAAGCUCACAGUCUGGUCAGACUCGGCUUCACAUUAGCACAAGACCAGAGUGUGCCAGCAGCAUCAGCCGGCUGGUAGGAACAUUCCUGAGUGUGUGUGCUCUGACGGUGUUGUGCGGGCUGGUGGCGGUGGCCGUGUCCCGGCUGCUGCUCCAGAAGAGAGGCUGGUCACCAGGGGGCGCUGCUCAGGACGGACCCUAUCACUGCACUGGAAAGGACCUGUCAUUCAUCCCAACAACCAAUGAGAAGAUGGUUACUUACAGGAGAGACCAUCCACCUGACCGCCCCAUGGAGAUGCACAUCCAGGUUCCCAAGAUGCCCCUCGGUGACCCCUGGCAGUAUUAGGUUAAGGUCGGAAGAAAUUCAGUAGAGACAUAAAGAAGAAGAGUCAAGUAAAGACUUCUUUUCUGCCUCUAAAUCUUCAGCUGCACAGAGAAACCGAAAAAGAUGAACUAAACUAUGAAACCUCAUGGGAUCACAUUUGUUAAAUGAACUGAACAAACUCUCAUCGACUGUGACUAAUGAGGCCAGUAUCCUGGAAAUCAGAUGAAACAAAGAGCACAUGUCCCCCACCUCCUCUUCCUCUGCAGCAUGGAGGCUGCUUCUUCCACAGGGGAGAAGGUGAUAAUUCCUCGCUCCUUAGCCGAGCAGCUAAUACUGCUCGAAGGUGUUUGUGUGUUUGUGUUUGUGUGUGUGUGUGUGUGUGUGCGUGUGUAAGAGAGAAAGAGUGUGGAGCAGGUAGGAGUAUUUAUGCUCUAUGCAGGCUUUCUAUUUAGGAUUUUAUAUUAAAACACUACAAGGUUGACGUUUCUGCAUUACACUCCAAAUGAAGUGAAUUAUGUCCCCGCUGUCUUAGUCUGCCCUCCUGUGGCCAGUUUGAGCUACAACAUCGUGUCUCCAAUAAUACUGUCCACACAUUACUGACCUCAGCUCUACUGGCUCAGGAUUUAAGUCACAGAGCACACCAAUGACGUUGUAUGCCUCUUUUUGUAUUUCAUCUGUGGCAUAACUUAUAUUUGCUUUGUGUUAACUGAUCAACUGCAUUGCAAAUUAUUGUUACUUUAUGGCAUUUCUCUAUCAUGAUGAAUUGUAAUAUAGUUGAAUGUGUUAUUGAUAAUCUGGUUAGACUUGCACUAGAACAGUUGUUUGCAUUAUACUACUGAACACUGUGGGGUCUCUGGGUUUGGAGAGCUGUGAUGGUGGGUUUAAAUGACUGGUUUGCUCUAUGUUGGGCAUUAGAAGGCAUCUACACUGCUACGCAUUGAGUGCAUUUAAAGCUAUGUAACAAAUACACAACACUGGAAUAACAAUGAACUGAAAGAUCAUGUUUUGAAAAAACUCAACAUACUGACAAUUAAUGGCAACAGCAUCAUCACACCAUUGUGCACGUGGCCUCUCUAACAGAUACAUAACUGUGACAGCUGGUCAACCCAGCGCCAUACUGACGAGUUUAGACUCAACACCUCAGCUCUGGAGGUACUGAGAUCAGAAGUGGAAUUCCAGCCCUCACACACUUGAUCACCUGGAUACAGAGUGCCGGUUGCAUCUUGUAAGACUUUCGUUUGACCAAUCCUGUUCCUACUUUUUUUUAUUUUAUUCAACACAAUGUUGUUUACAGCAAUCGCUGCUCUCUUUUACUGUAAGUCAGGAACACUAAUUAUUAUUUAUUGUAAUUUUAUUAUCAUUUUUUAAAUUUGUAAUGUUAAUUGUGCUAUUUCAUGAUAAGGCUACCAGUUUUAAGUGAGUACUGUUUGUGUUAAUGAAGAGUGGUCUCUAUCUCUAACCAUGAGACUAAUUUAGCAAUAAGGUUGUAAUCAUCUCAUCUCAUCGGGCACUGAGUUCGGAACAACAGCACUUUUCUGUGUAGUUUUGCUGUCUAUUAAUGUGACUAGUUGUGUGGCAUUAAUGUUUUCAUCACAAUAAAAAUGUGCAAGAUU